AGAAGAAAUCAAAAGAUGAUUAUUUUAAAUAAUACAAUGAAGAAGACGGCAUUUCUUUUCAUUAUCAUUGCUACCAUAAUCGGCCUAUCAGAAAUGUAUCUAUCAAACGGAUACAGCAAUAUUCCUAGCGACAAUACGGAAACACCUGGAAUAAUAAAUAUAUUUAGGCUGAUAAAAGGAGUCCUGUAUAGCUCCAUAGAGAGCGUAGAGUUCUUAGGCAAACAAGUAUGGGAGACAACACCGAAAGAUGGAGAUACAUUUGAUUUUAUAGUGAUUGGAGCUGGUACUGCCGGCGCGACUGUAGCUGGGAGAUUGAGCAGGAAUCCUAAACUUAAAGUACUACUGAUCGAAGAUGGAACAUAUGAAAAUUUAUACAUGGAUAUCCCGUUAGUUCCUGGCUUACUACAAAUGACCAAGAUAAAUCGAUAUUAUGUACCGAAACCAGGCAAUAAGUACUGUCAAGGCAUGGUAGGCAAUACUUGUGUUUGUUCAACAGCAAAAGUUCUUGGCGGAGGUAGCGUAAUAAAUUUUAUGGCAGCUACUAGAGGAAAUGCGAAGGAUUACGAUCGCUGGGCCGAAAUGGGAAACGAGGGCUGGGCAUAUAAAGAUGUCCUUAAGUAUUUUAAAAAAUUGGAAACAAUGGAAAUCCCGGAACUAAUACCGGAUACUAAAUAUCAUGGUACCAAAGGACCAGUACAUAUCACCCAACCAAAAUUUCGCACGGGUGUGGCAGAAGAAUUUAUAAAAGCUGCUAAGGAGAAGGGAUAUCCACUGGUAGAUUAUAACGGGAAAGAAGAAAUAGGAUUCUCAUACGUACAGACUACAAUUAUGAACAGCACCCGCAUGAGCAGCAACAGAGCGCAUUUAUUUUCUGUGCACGAUCGCAAAAAUUUUCACGUAACUCUUGAAAGUACGGUGACAAAACUGUUGAUCGAUUCUAGCACAAAACAAACAACCGGGGUAGAAUUUGUUAAGAAUAAUAAAACUAUACGUGUGUCUGCGAACAAAGAAGUGAUUUUAUGUGCAGGUGCUUUUGGAUCACCUCAGUUAUUGAUGUUAUCCGGUAUCGGACCAAAGAAACAUCUUACCGAAUUAGGUAUAAACGUCAUCCAAGAUGCACCAGUCGGCGAGAACUUGAUGGAUCAUGUAGCCUUCUUCGGAUCAUCGUGGGUAAUAAAUGCAUCAUCGAUGAGUUUAGAAACGACCAACCUGCUCAACCCUAUGAAUCCACAUAUGGCAGAUUAUUUACUAAAGCGAAAAGGACCGUUCACGAUCCCGGGUGGAUUAGAAAUUAUCGGUUACGUUGAUACAAAACACCCGGAAAAACGUGACGGUUUACCAGAUGUCGAACUAAUGUUUGGCGGUGGUACAUUUAAAGAUGAAUUUGCUUUUCCACUUAUGUUAGGUUUUAAACAGUAUUUACGUGAAGAAUGGCAUAAAUACAUUGGCACACAAGGUUGGAGCCUUGCAACAGUAUUGAUGAAACCAAAAAGUCGUGGUCGAUUAACAUUAUUGGCUAAUGACAUUAAUGUUAAGCCAGAGAUUAUGCUGAAUUAUUUCGAUGAUCCGAGUGAUAUAAAGACAAUGAUCGCUGGUAUUAAAACUGCAAUAAGUUUCGGUCAAACAAAGACGAUGCAAGCAUUAAAUUCUCAAUUGAUAAACAUUCCUUAUGCUGAAUGCAAAUAUGAAUAUGAUUCCGAUGCUUACUGGGAAUGCGCGUUAAGGACCAUAGGUACCACGAUUUUCCACUAUUCAGGAACUUGCAAAAUGGGAAAAAAAGGAGACCCUACCGCUGUCGUUGAUCCUAAAUUAAAGGUGUAUGGUAUUAAAGGAUUACGAGUGGUAGAUGCGUCUAUCAUGCCUGAAAUUAUAUCGGGACAUAUAAACAUACCUGUAUAUAUGAUUGCUGAAAAAGCUGUGGAUAUGAUUAAAGAAGAAUGGGGUUACUUUAAAAAGUCAGAAUUAUAG